CAUAUUGCAGCGAAUAUAAAGUUAUAUAUGUGAAGCAUUAUAUGCACGAAUAUUUGGCUCAGUUCGAAAAUAAAAAUGAAACUAUAUUAUUUGGCCGUGGUCAUUGUUAUAAUCAUCGUACACCGUGGGGCCAAGUGUCCCAAUGGUAAGGAAUGGAAUAACAUAUCAAAAAAAUGUAUAAAAUAUUAUUUGGGCACAUACAUUUAUAACUGAAUACAAAAAGGUGCGAGUCGACUAUUAAGCGGAAUGACAACUAAUUUUUGGGUUAAUCCACACAACAAAGCAACAAGACACAACUCUCAUUUAUAACAUUUAAAGACAAAAAGCACAAACACAUAAAAAGGGCCACAAAAAUAGAAUGAACAACAUGAAAAAUUAAACGCCAUUUUGUGAAGUCCGGAAAA